CGGGUUCAACGGUGUCCUUUGCGCUACCCUGCUACAUAAGGCAGACCGUACGCCGCGAGUCACUGUUGCCAGCGCUGGCGGACUUGGGAACCGACAACUAUGAGAGAAAUUGGCUAUGGAAGAAACAUCUCAUCCUCGCGAAGCGCCUCAAGGCGACGGUGUCCAAAUCGAACCAUCCACGGCCCCCGAACAUAAACCACAAUCAAAUCCUACGCACACCCCGCAACCACUACCGUCGAAAGCGCUGACAACGUCUGCGGUGCUCGAUGCUACCCUCAGGUUCAUUGCGAAUGCGAGUAAUGAGACGCUCGGGGCCUGCGCUGUGGGCCUCUGUGCCUCUACCUACCUAGUGUUAGGCAGAGUCGGUUUAGUUCUCAUCGGCGCCGUUGGCGGCGUCGUCCUUCAUGCUACCUGGGAAAAUCAGUAUGGCGGAAAACUGGACGGUGAGAAUCAGGAGAUCAACCGGAGAAGGAAAGAGCUAGGCAUCGAGGUCGCACACAGAGUGCUGGACUGGCGAGAAAGGAGACAAGCGCCCAAGGAUGACGAGGACGACAGUCUCGUCGACUCCAAGGCCGAGGUGAAGACGCUGGAUUACUCCGACUUCGAACCCGAGACAAGAGCCGCUCUCACCAAUCUGACCGAUGCUGUUAUGAGAGACUACGUCAAAUGGUGGUAUAGUCCGCUGCUUCCCAGAGACCAGUCAUUUCCAGCCAUGUGCAGACAGACCUUUACCAGCUUCGUCGUCUCCUUCUCCAACCAUCUCUCCCGGAAACGGACUGCCGAUCCGGUCCUCGACUUCUUCGCCAACUCGACGUCCAUCAUCAUUGUCUUCCUGAACGAACUUUCCACCGCCAUUAAGGCGUCAUCGAAUCAGGACGCGGAGACCGCCGUGAAGACCUAUCUGCAAUUUCAGCCAGACAGCAAUUUGGCCAAUGUGCUCAGCAGAGAACAGCAAGAGCGGAAGCUCAAUCUUGUGGCGGACGACAUCUUACAGAACUUCCUCGAGCCCAAGUCCUACAAUUGUCCGCCGGUCAAAACGUUCCUAAGGGAGGUAUUGGCCGGACUUGUGCUCGAAACCACCAUUGACAUGUGCUCCAAACCGGAGUUCAUCAAUGGCUGGAUUGUUUACCUGCUGCAGGAUGGCGAACCCGAACUCAUGAAUGCUAUCGAUGCUGGGGUUGAAGAUAUGAAUGAAGCCAUGUCGCAAGCCAAGGAGAACAGUGAUGCCGGCAAGAUCCACGAUCGCCGCAUGAGUAAGGCAGAAGAGGCCAUGCAGGAGGCCAUGCGAGAAGCUCAAAGGCUGAACGAAAUGAUUGCGGAGGAUGAAGCCCGGCGGAAACGCGGACUGGUCCCGAGCGAGCCCGAAGAAACCAGUUCCGUCGCCACCAAUGAUGUCGGGAUGGCUACACCGACCUCCUCGGACAGUGAUCGAAAUCGGCAUGGAGAAAACUCCUUGGACACAUCGUUGGUCUUCGACAAUGACGGCAAUGCCUACCAAUCGUCAACUCCAAGCCCCAGCAAAGAACAAGAGUCCUUCACCAGUUUUGAUCAAUUGGCAGAGACAGUUCCAAACGUGCUACAACCUGUCUCGACGGCCCCGGCACCCGUUGAAACCAUGAUCGCAGUCCCACUGACACUGCACAAUGCCUCCAUCACCAUUCUUGACCUUGGCGACCUCAACGAACGAGCUGCGUUCCGACAGAGACCGAACAAUGAGUACUUGCUCCAAAUAGAGCCCGCAUCGCAUCGCUACCCUGGGUGGAUGGUGUCCCGCAGGUACCCGGAAUUCGAGCCCCUUCACCAGACUCUGACCAUAAUUGCUCGCAUCUCGGGCGUCCCGGAAUUCGCGCAAAAGUAUCCGAACCUGCCAACUUGGAGAGGCCAGACGAGCGCAACGCUUUCCCAAAGUUUGGAGGCCUACCUGAGAUUUGUUGUCAAGUAUGAGCCGUUGGCCGAGACAGAAGCUAUGAAAAAAUUCCUCGACAAAGAGACCGGGCUUCAAAAGGCGCCCGCACAGACCAAGAACGUUCUGGUACAAGGAGGUGCAGCAUUGGAAAACGUUGGCAAGAACUUCAUCAAUGUAUUGGGACAGGGCGGAAAGAACAUUGCUGGCGGCGGCAAGGCCGUGCUGGGAGGCGUCCAGGGCGUCUUCGGAGCCGUGGCCACCGGGGUCGGAGGAGCACCAAAGAGGCUCAUUGCAGCAAGACCUACGCCGUCAAGAAAUCAUACGGGCCAAUCUUCCACCUCGGUUUCGCGAAUGAGUCAGGAGCUGCCACGGCCAAGCACCGACAGUGCUGAACCCAAGCCGCCCCCAUUACCCGCAAGACCCAGUGCAGGAGUCGCAGUCCAGGAGGAAAAUCCUCAAUCACCAAUCAGCUUGAACGAAUCGGGUCGUCAAUCAGAGGAAGUUAUAUCAAUGCCUCCGCCACCCAGUGUCAUCUCAGACGACUAUCAACCCAUCACGCUCCCCAAACAGGAGACGCCGCCACGAUCCCGGCAAGAUACCAUCACGGCCAAUCCAUCAACACCUGCUCCAUCGUUAAAAUGGGAGGACUCAGGCUCGGCGCCCCCGACGACCAAUGCGCCCGCAAAGACACCCUCGAGACGAGCCAAAAAGGAUAUCCCGGUCUCGGAAGAAGAGACCCGCAUCCUGAUAGAACUUAUCUUCGCCAUACUUACUGAGCUCUACUCUUUGUCGGGCGCGUGGUCAAUCCGGCUGUCCCUCCUCGGUGCAGCUAAGACGUUCCUCCUCCGUCCAAACAAUCCCCAACUAGAGUCCAUCCGUGCGUUGCUGCAAGAAAGUGUGCUCGACGCAAAUUUCUCCGACCAGGGAGUGGCAACGCAUAUCAACACUCUGCGAUACAACACUCUACCCACUGCGGAAGAGAGGUCUACUUGGCCGAAGGAGUUGACGGCCGAAGAGAAGGAGCAGCUGCGUCUGAAGGCGAGAAAGCUUCUUAUUGAGAGGGGUAUGCCGCAGGCGUUGACCAGCGUGAUGGGCACAGCCGCCAGUGGAGAAGCGCUGGGGAAAGUGUUCGACUGUUUACAGAUGGAAAAUGUGGCGAAGGGGUUGAUCUUUGCGCUUUUGCUACAGGCGAUCCGGGCUACCACACAGUAGAUGAAGUUCUGCGCCCACAGCUCAAGGCUCAAACGGAAUGCAAGAAACGACCAGCGAUGUGAUACCAAAAAUGUACAAUAUGGGAAUGGAAAUGGCGUGUUUGGAUGGCAGGGGAGGCGUCUCCGUGGAAGACUAUUGGUGUCUAGCAGGUCCGCAGUUAUGAUAUAGUGCUGGAGGGACGAUGAAUGAGACGAUUAAUGUAA